AACCCCUGUAACAAUUGAAGCGAUCGACGAACUCAACUUAGAAUGCACCGCAUUUAAAGGUCUCAAUGAUUCGCUUUGUCAGAGAAUCCAAGUUUCUGGACAACUGGAGUGUGUUGGGAUAAACAAAACAACACUAAUCCUCGAGUUUACAAUCAAAGUAUGCUGUAGAUUUCUCAAAAAUGAAGAGAAAUGGCUUGAUAUCUGUGAUCAUUUGGUGUUUUGUAAGCUGUAGCUUCGUUGGCAGAGUUAUUGGCCAGACAUGUAGCGAGUCAAACAAAAGGAACACCGAGGCUCUUCCCUCAGCCACAGUCUCCCUACAAUCCUACAGUUCCCCGGGGUGGAGGGUGACCUACUACCCAGAGAUGGACUGUCAAUGGACCAUCGGUGCCAACAAUGGUUUCCGGAUCAUGGUGGACGUCAGAGAGUACAUCAUAGAGGACGGGGAGGGGGCGAACUGUGUGUACGACUCCCUGAGGUUCUACGAUGGAGCAACUACCGGGGCCCAGGUUACCUCUGUCUGUGGGACGGCCCGCUCGGGGAGGAUGUUCGUGUCCAGUGGUCCGGCGGCCCUCCUACGUCUUACUAGCGAUUACAGUAUACAGCAAGCAGGCUUCACGAUGAGAUACAUCAUGACAAAGACUGACGAUCACGGCGGUUGUGGUACUGCAACCUCUUUAACAGCAACUUCUACAGACCAGUAUAUCACAAACAAGCAGUGGCCAGACUCAUACGAUGAAAAUUCGUUAUGUCAAUGGACGAUUACCUCGACUGGCAAGGUGUCGAUGACGAUUCUGUUUUCUGAUAUGCUGAGUGGGGAGGAAUGUUUCUCAGACACGUUAGAAAUAUUCGACGGAUCAUCAGAAAAUGACCCUUCCCUGACCCAGGGGUAUUUUUGUGAUAGCAGGGGUACGUUCCCAAGCAGAAGCAGCAUGACUUUUGUCACUUCAGGUACACAAGCGUUCAUCAAAUUCAGAUCCAUGGCAAGCGGCUGGAGAAGACAUGGCUUUUUUCUUAGCUUCCAAGAAGUAGGAGGAGCUGUGACAACUACCCAGGCACCUACCACGACCACCACCCAGCCCCCUAAUGAAGUGUGUAGCAGUGGCACUGUCCAGUUGACCGCCAACAACGACACACAGCUCAUCCAGUCCCCCAGUUACCCUAUCUUCUACUCUCCAAACAUGCUUUGUUCCUGGUUGAUAACGGCGCCAACAGGAGCCUUGAUUCAGCUGAAGGUCAUUGAUUCCUAUCUAGAGGACACUGACGGUUGUGUUGGAGACUAUGUUCAUAUACACGACGGCAGCAACGCCGACUCUGCAGUGAUAGCCACUUACUGUGGAGAGAUUUCCAGCAGUGUCAACUCCACCAGCAACAGGCUGUACAUCCAGUUCCGGACGGACGGAUCCGUGGGACAGAGAGGGUUCCAGCUGGAGUACACAGUCCUCUAUGACUACUCUACGCCGUCCUGUGCCCCACCUGCAGGAGUUACUAAUCUGGAGGCAAACGCUACUGCCCAGUAUUUUGAAUCUCCAAACUACCCUGACAACUACAACAGCUCCUCAACGUUUUAUUGGUUAAUUCACAAUCCGUCUGAUACCGGGUACAUCCGGCUCGAGGUGGAAGAUUCCAGAAUAGAAGCAGAUCCAUACUGUACCUAUGAUAAAGUCACAGUGUAUCGAGGACCCUGCACUACUUACCCCAUCCUGUCCUCGUUCUGUGGAGUGGAGAAACCCACUGUCACACAAUAUACUGGUUCCUAUGUACUGGUGGUCUUCACGACUGACGCAACCGCCGACUUCCGGGGCUUCAGGAUCAAGUACUACGUCACCACAGAGGUAGAAAAAACCAGUACAUUCUGGCGAGAUGUUGCUUUGAUUGCUGGCGCCACUAUAGCGGGAAUAGCAGCUGUAGCUAUAAUUGUGGGACUGGCAGUGGCCGCAAAGAGAGGUAAACUCCCUGGUAUGAAAUCGAGUGGACCCCAAAAGCGACGCCUAUCGGUGUCAAGUUUAAGUAGCAGCAGUAGCAGCAGUGAUGAAAGUGAUAAGGAGUCCAGUAACAAAAGGAAACGUCCAAAGACAGCGCUUAGAUCUAAAACAAAAGUAAGACUUCCACCAGUCAAAUCUGCUAAAGUCGAAACACUUCCAAAAGUCUCCAUUAAGGGACAAAGCAAGUUGCCACCAAUUGCUAAAAAGUGAUCUGCUCAAUUUACUAUGAAGUAUGAAUGUUUGUAUGUUUGUGGAAAUUUUUAUGAGUAUCUUUUUAAAUUGUUUUUUAUGUGUGUUUAAUGUGAAAAAUAAUUGAAAAUUACUGAAGAAUGAAUCAUUAAAAAAUGAUGCAAACGAAUUUAAAUAUACAAUUUUUUCUGUGAUACUGUGUAUAAUCUUUGUAGUCAUUUUUUGAACAUUGUUUAUUUAAUCCAUUAUUUACAGGUCGUAUUAAAAUUGAAACUGUACAGAAUGGAAUUAUAAAGAUAUUUAAGUGAUAUUAUACUUUUGACGUGUAGUAAUGUAGUUUACAUUUGGUAUAAAAACAGCAUUAACUCUUUGUUUGAUAUUAUGGAAGAAAUGCCUCUAAACGAGAACUACCCAUUAUAGUUAGUACUUUUGAUAUAUAAACUUAUUGUUGAUACAUUUUGUAGAAAUAAAUGUUGAACAGUU